AUGGCCAAGGCUGGCGGGCAGAAGGAUGAUCGCAAGUUCAUGCAAGUGUGGGUUCAGCAUUCCGACGCGCAGUCGGUUCUACAACAGCUGAACCUCCCCUUCAUGUCUUGUAAUAGCAAGCCGGCACAGAACCCGGCACAGAGCAUACUUGUGGAUGACUGCGACCAUAGCGGCGACGAGAUUAUGGAAGUUGAAGCUGAAGCUGUGGUUCCGCUCGGCGAACAUCGCGAACCACUUUCUCAAUUGGAUCCAAAUGCUUUGCCUUGUCGAUUGCGCCGCUCACACACCAUGUGUAGUGGAGCCAGCAGGGCAUCCAUGACGUCUGGUCUGGCUUCGGGGCGGUCGACUUCUGAUCUGGAGUCCCAGACCACACAAGUGCGAAGCAACGACGCAGAGAACGACCCACUUGACAUAGUCGAGACAAGCAGCAUCGCUUCCUCGAGGGUAGUGAAGCGGUGGACUACAGCAGCAUUACGGCAACUCUCGCAAAAGGAUUAUGAGUCCAUGCCACCUGCGCAAUGCAGGCUUGUUGCUGCAAAGUCGUCCAACGCGUUGCUGCAGAUGACCCAGAAACACCAAGAAGCACGGAAGCAAGUGAGAGUUUUGAAGCGCGCCAACAAGCUUCAAGCAGAAGCUCUGGUAAAAAAACAAAAGCUGCUUGACAACGAGCGUUUGAAAUCUAGCCUCGAGAUUGUUUCGGUCGGCAAGUCUGGGAAAAGGGUUUCGCGAUCAAGUGUCUUCGCAAUUGGGAUUCGCAGAAAUCUAUCAAACAUCGCCUCGGCAGACUUCGGUGCAACUAUUCUGCGGGAUAUGUCACGCAUGAUGGUCACGCGCGCCGAGGUGCGCACUGCUGCGUCAAUUCUGUGCAGAAUGAAGAACGUUUGUUACGCUGUUGUCGAGGCCGAUGCAAGCCCAGACAAACCAGGCUUCUGCGAUCCGGCAGACAUAGGAAAUGGCUCAUGGAAGUUAUCCACGGUGUCCAUACGAUGUGACGCAACCAACUCGUCAAUCUGGCGCCGUGAAAAACUCCAUGUGCUAGAUGUCGACUUCGCCUGGAUCCACAACACGGAUGCCGUGAAGAAGUACGACGCCUCAUCUGCCUGUGCCAGCAGGACCGACACGCAAGUGGUUACAGGAAAGUCUGCGCAAGACUGCAACGGACUGGUGAACAAGCAGCUCAAGUCAGCCGGCGUUCCUCUGUGGGAAGACAUCGUCACAGAUCUGAAGAAGCCCACGAUCUCCAACAAACAUGUGUUCUUGUACAUGGACGUGACUGACAAGGGGUCUGACCAAAGCUGCAGGAAACGAUGCAUCGCAGAAGCUGUCGAAGCAUCCCAGUGCCCAAACAUUGUCUACAUCCCUGGAUCAUGUUUCCUACACAUGUUCCACGCAUGUGUCAAAGACGGGCUGGUGCUUCUUGACGAGCUGACCAGCAGCCUGUUUGACACGUCUGUGCUCAAGGGCUUCAGGAAGUACUACGGAUCGCUGAGUAAGAUCGUCAACACUUGGCGUGAGCGAGCUUCAGAUAUAAUGACUGCAUGGGACACAGCAUUUGGUGACGAAUGCCUGGAGAUUGCAAAGCUAGGGCGGCGGUACCCGCUGGCAGUUGUGAGUGGCAGGUGGGGAUCAGUCGAGGCGGCAGAAGACUUCAUGUUGCUUCGAGGCGCAGGUGAACCCAGCGGUCCGAAGACAGAUGCCCUUGACCCGAACGCUGAAGAUGAUUCCCACGCAUAUCGCCUGAAGCUCUCGAAAUGGUACCAAGGCACGUUUGACUCCAUACAGCACCCUAUUUUCUGGUACCUGCUCACCAUCGCACGCUGUCUGAGAUCGCCGCUACGGCACUUCAUGGCGUUCGUUCAGCUACAUGCUGGGAAGAACAAUGCCGGCGAGGUCAUGAAGCAACUCGUCACGGGCAAGCUCGACGAGCUACAUGAAGAGUUCAGGGUGCUGUUCCAGAACAUGGAUGCUAUUAUCAGAAGAGCCCUUGAAAUGUCGGGCUGCGACAACCUGUUCUGUGAUGACCCAGCCGGACAGCGUGCGUUGGCGUUGCUUGCAAGAAGGGUCCUCUUCCAGCAGUGGUCCUCCUUUCAGAGGCGCAUCAUGUAUCCUCUGCGCCAGUGCCCUGUUGUGUCAGGAGUGGCUGAAGAAGUGCUUGGACUUGAUCGGACGGACCCGAGCACGAGAGCAAUCAAGAGGCUCUGUGUGUCAGAACUAAAAGCUAUUGCGGAGUCGGGCACCUUCAAGAAAUCAGAUGCAUCGUCGCCCAAUGGGAGCUUAUUGUGGUCGAUCUUGAUCAUGAUUUCAAAGUUCAUGUACGCAGAAACGCAGGCUGUUGAAGGCCUCAACUCCAUUGUCAAACUUUUGGGGCGAAGAUGUCCAAACAUUAGCUUAGAGCUUCUGAGUUCCAGGUUGACGAUCAAACACCUACUCGGCCAGGCUGACGGAGUCACAGCAUGUGGAAAGAAGUUUUCCACUAUCAAGGCUCUUGCAGAGCGCGAGCUUACGGAGCUAUCGGAUUUUGCAACAGCCAGCCUAAGUAUUCUAGCUGAUGCGCAGCGGUGGUCGUCAGCCCCAGCAUUGGAGUUUCCUGAUUUCACUGGCAGCUCUGGCAGCUCUUCUGCAAUCCAGGACGCAGGCGACGGUGCGAAGCCACCUCCGCCACCACAUCCUGCAGAAGCAGCCGCGGUUGCGGUUGAGCCGACUCAGAAUUGCUCUCUGCAAAUUGCUGACUUGCUCUCCCGUGGCAUAAUGCCCAACGCGAACUUGUUCCUGGGUGAUGUUUGGGGCCCACGCUGGGAAAAGGCCGUGGCGUGGGCUAGAUCGUACAAUCUUGGCUACAAGUGGACAACGGGGGGCUGUAGCGGCAGAAUGCGCAAGCUUUCAAAAAAACAGCAGGACAAAGUCAAGCAAUUGCACACGCCUGCCGGCUUGGCGCUGUUGAUCGUGCCAUCCGUUGACAACACAGAGACCACCUUCCACGUAGCAACAGAUCAGUUCUCGCACAGCGUAUGCUUUUCCAGGCUGCAAAUUUUCAAAUGCCGUGCGGCUGACACUGACACUCAUGAUGUUUGCGAAUGUGUUCGGUGGUUGCACGAUGGGUCGAACUAUGCAGACACUGUUGAGUCAACGUUGCUUUUCGGCAAGUACUAUGAUGCCUGUGUGCGUGGUGAAUCGUUCUCAGUCAGGGCAGCGUUCCUGACAGUCGACAUGUGCGAACAGCUUUUCACAUCACCAGGCUACUUGCGGGUGGAUGCUGUUCUGGGUGCUUCAGUGGAGCUCUUUGUCAUGAGAAAGACUUUGAUGCCGGGAGCUGCGAACAAACCCAAAAAAGCCAAGGCCAAGGCCAAGGGUGAGGCGCAACCAGCCGCGCCAGAGCAUACUGACAAGGCACUGAAAGAUGAUGGUGAUGAUGACGACGGCGGUGAUGCUGCUGAUGACCAAGAUCGUGCGUACAUGAGCAUUGCUGCGGAUGCCGACAUGAUGGAUGCAUCAGGCUCUGAGGGAGGUGACGACGAGCACAUGGAAGACAAAGACGUUGAACAGGACAAUGAAGACGCAGCAGAGCACGAACACCAAGAGAUCAACCGUGCAAUGGCCAGGGAGGACCGUCAGGACCGUCCUUCGUCCAGAGAAGUUGCGCGCGUGGCAGGUGCAGUGGCGUUUGGUUCGUGCUCGCAAACACAAGCAGAGUUAGAGGAGGAGGCACUUCUCCUUCUGGUGAGACAAAGAAAUCAGAGAAAGCAUUCGUUGCCGGGAACGGAUAAGGUCGCUGUGUUCCUCGAAGGUGUUGGUGACGCCGAUGUAGCAAGCUCCCUAGCUGACAAUGCCCAUGCCGAUGAUAGCGCGGACUCAGCAAGUGAUGACGCUGAUGAAGCUUCGUCUGCUGCAGCGUGUGCCGCACAGUUCUUAGUAGAUCACGACGCCAACGAUUGCGACGGGGACACACAGACUAUGAACAUGGACUCGGACAUGGACAUGGACACAUGGUUCUUGUCGGAGUCUGCGUCAAAUGCUUGGGCUUAUUCUUGCAUGAACACAAUUAAAGCUUUGCGUGCUGUUUGUGCGAUGCAGUGCAACAGGAAGCUCGGGGAAAGCAGGUCCAUCAGUCUGGUCCUGAUGUCGCCACAGAAGUUUGAUGAUUGCAGGUGUGUUCGGUGUCGCUGGGGCCAACCCAUGAACGGGAAUGCAGAUGCAAACACGGAUGUUCCAGAACUACUUUGGGUAACGUGGUUGAACAAUCACCCGACGCACGGCGUCCUUGAAAGAAGAGCAAGGCACGUGAACCUUGAUCAAGACUCGAAAGUUUUGUAUUGCGUUGCAGACACGACCUACGCUCGAACAGGCUUGCGGGGUGGCAUGGGUCAUCCCGAAAUCCUAUGUGACGAGCGUCACGCUCAAGUCCUUAUCCCAUUUGUGAACGCAGCUAUGAAAAAGGUGAAGAAGACAUCCGCAGACAGGGACCAAGUGCCAGAGGCGUGCCUCACCGUCAUGGAGUUCUACGAGUCUCUGGUGUGUCGACUGGUGUCUCUUGAUUCAGUGGUGGAGGAGAGGGCCUUGUACACAUCCUCGCUAGCGUGA